AUGGAUGCGGGGAGCGCCGGCGAGGCGGGACGGCAGGAGGGGACUCCGAUGGGCCCCGCGGCGCCGUUUGGCAGGUCGUCGUCGUCGUCGGGUCUCGGCGCGAAGGGCGGCGCAGCACCCCAGAGCUUCGACGGCGCGCUCAGAGUUGAGUGGUUCUUUUCCCAACCAUACCGCGUCAAGUGCGCGCCUCUGAUUAGUGCUUGCGGGUCGGACGUCCGACGCGUUCGUUGGGGUUUGCAGGAGCUCAAGGAUCUGCAGUCCCAGCUGCACCAGGCGGCGGACUGCUGCGAGAAGGCGUUCCUCGCCACCGAGAAGAAGCAGCUAAUCCUGGACAGUACAAAGAGCUACAUCUGCAACGCGGUAGUAGCGGUGAUUGAUCAUCUGGGGACCGUUUCAUCCAAGCUUGAGCACCAGCUGGAAGACAAGGCUGAGAUCACGCAAACAGAGCAAAAGAUCAACUUCCUGAAGCAGAGGCUCUUGACAUGCGAACACUAUGCAAUUUCUCUCCAACUAUUGGCCGUUCGUGCGGACACUGGCGCCGUUCAAUAUCAUCGCCGUUAUCUUUCGCAAUCUUCUGAAAGAAACAACGAGGAAAAUGUCGCCAAGUCAAGCAGAGGUGGCCCAGAACCCUUCAAGCUCAAUAGCGCAGUGGCGCCAGGAUCUACUCGCACUCUGAAGCCAUAUGAUGCUGAAUCAACCAUCGGGAGGGAGCAUGCCGUGGCGGGUUCAGACGUUGGAAACCCAGCAUCCAUAGCGAGGUCAUUUUCCUUCAGAGCAGAGGAUGUUCACGUUGCUGCAGGGGGUCACCACAAGAAGAAGAAGAAAGGCAGCCAUGGCAGCAACAUCAUGUCAUUUCUCAAAAGAAGCAAGCGACAUGGGUAA